GAACUGCCGGUCCUGGCGCGCCCCGAGCGGUGGUGUUGCGGGUGCUGGUCCCGGCUGUGCCGGCCCCGAUGGCGGCGGUGCCGCCGCCGGUCUACGUAUACAGCCCGGAGUACGUGACCCUCUGCGACUCCCUCUGCAAAGUGCCCAAGCGGGUCAGCGCCGUGGCGGGGGCGAGGGGGCGCGGGGAGGACAGCGGUGAGGCCCGGGCGCGGAGGCAGCCGGCGCCCGGCACGGCGGCCAGCAUGGUGCAUUCACUGAUUGAAGCGUAUUGCUUACUUGACCAGAUGAAGAUAGUCAAGCCAAAAGUGGCCUCCAUGGAGGAAAUGGCGAGUUUCCACACAGAUGCUUACCUGCAGCACCUGCAGAAGGUCAGUGAGGAGGGCGAUGAUGACCACCCGGAGUCUGUGGAAUAUGGACUGGGUUACGACUGUCCAGCCACUGAAGGGAUCUUUGAGUAUGCAGCAGCUGUGGGAGGAGCCACCAUCACUGCAGCCCAGUGCCUGCUGGAUGGCAAGUGCAAGGUAGCAAUUAACUGGCCUGGAGGGUGGCAUCAUGCAAAGAAGGAUGAAGCUUCUGGUUUCUGUUACCUGAAUGAUGCUGUCUUGGGUAUCCUGCGGCUGCGCCAGAAGUUUGACCGUGUCCUUUAUAUCGAUUUGGAUUUACAUCAUGGGGAUGGAGUUGAGGAUGCCUUUAGUUUCACUUCGAAAGUCAUGACUGUUUCUCUGCACAAAUUUUCACCAGGAUUUUUCCCAGGCACUGGUGAUGUGACAGAUGUUGGCCUGGGAAAAGGUCGCUAUUACAGCGUGAAUGUGCCCAUUCAAGAUGGCAUUCAGGAUGAAAAGUAUUACCAGAUCUGUGAAUCAGUGCUGAAGGAGGUGUAUGCUGCCUUCAACCCCAAUGCAGUUGUGGUGCAGCUGGGGGCAGACACCAUUGCUGGAGACCCCAUGUGCUCUUUCAACAUGACACCCGAGGGAGUGGGCAAGUGCCUCAAGUAUGUCUUGCAGUGGCAGCUACCAACUCUUGUCCUGGGAGGAGGAGGUUACAACCUUGCCAACACGGCUCGCUGCUGGACAUACUUGACCGGGGUCAUCCUUGGGAGAACACUCUCCUCUGAGAUCCCUGAUCAUGAGUUCUUCACAGAGUAUGGUCCUGAUUACGUGCUGGAGAUCACACCAAGCUGCAGACCAGACCGCAAUGAGCCACAGAGAAUUCAAGAAAUUCUGAACUCUAUCAAAGCACCUGGUGUGGUGUUAACCAGUCUUGCAUGGUGACCGCUGGCAGGAGGGGCUGCCACUGCCUCAGCAAAGGAUCCCAGUGCCUGGAGGAGAUGUCAGGAUUGGGGACUGCCCAUCCAGGGAAAAAGGUGAGGAAUGAGAGGGCAGAGAAGCUGGUUAGAUGCUGGCUCUGACCCACCUCAGGGCCCCAUGUGCUCUGUCCCCACAGCAGGCAGACUGCCCUGUAAGCUGUGGGAGCUAUUUCAGGAACUCAGCUGAGAAAAUAAACAGGAAACCCUACAAGUGUCAAAUGUUGUGGCUUUAGGUGAGGUGCCUCUUGGGUGGAAAUCCCUACACCCCCUAUCCAGGAUGGGAUGCCUGCCUUGCUGCCCAAGCAAGGGCGGGGGUAGGCCAGAGCGCCGCUCCACUUCCCUCCCUAUCUUGGGUACGUCGCUGGACCCCACCCGCCCGGGGUAGCCCGCGCCCCUCUGAGAGCGGCCGUGUCCUCGCAAACGCCGGAGAUGAGCUGUUUACAGUCCCCUCCCCGGGGCACGAAAGGCCUCACGGCGAUGGCCAUCCUGCGCUGCUACCCCUUCCGGGCCGAGGAGGUGCCGGCGGUGGGGACUCCGCCUGCUUCCCCGCCUCUGUGGCCCCCCAGGCGGGUCCCAACCUCCGGGCCAGCUUGUGCCUGCAGAAGCUCCACGUCCAGAACCGCGCUGGACCCCGGAGCUCCGCAGAACGGUGCUCGUCGCUCGCCCGGGGCUUGAGGACGAAGCCGCGGGGAGCCGCCCGCUCCAGGCCUCUGACCCCGGCCUCACCGACCCGGUGGACAAGGUGCUCAUGCGCUGGUGCUGGAGCUUGGCCUCAGCAGGGCGGACGAGCUGCCGGAGCUCUGGCUCGGUCACCACGAGCUCGAUUCCUCGUCGGACCUGCCGGCCGGCUCCUGAGGCUGGGGCGGGGGCGCUUCUACCUCACCCCACCGGUGAGCAGCGUCCCGACUGCCCCAGGUACCGGCGCUGCGGGCGCAGGGAACGCUCGGAAGCCGGCCGAGUGUGGGAAGGAGCGGGAGGAGGAGCUGGGGCCGCGCUGCCUGCCCCAAAACGCUUAGGGGUUGCGGUGGGCCCGGCAGGCGUGGCUCUCAAGAUGCCCUCUAAUAAAAUCUGGAAGGAUCGUUGUUCCGUCGGCUAUGCCCCUUGUCCAUUUCGGCGAAGGACAUUGUGUGAGAGCAGCCCUUAGUGGAAGGCGUGUGGACGCCCCGCAGCUCCAGUGUGUCUUCUCGGCUUCUGAUGUUCCUAUCCUGUUGAAAUUAUACAACUUUCCUAAUUAAAAUUUCUAAUUAAUUGUUUUAAUCAGUCCUGAACAGUGUAAUUUUCCACCGUAGUCAAGCACUUAGCAAGGUUUGUCAUAAGCUGCUAUUGUAGGAACACAGGUCGAGAAAAUCACUAUAACUUUGAAGGUUUGCUAAACAAACCUUGAUAUGCUUCAUUGACUAAACAUGGAAGAGAUAUAUUGCUGAAACUGGACACACAGAAUGCAGAAUUUGUAGACUACAAGGACAUUUUGCAGAACCAAGAGAUAAAGAAAUUAACAAGGACAAUUCAGCAAUUGUCUUACCUGGGAAAAAGAUAGUAAGAUAAUAACAAGAUUAAAAAUGUUGACUAAUUAGCAUGGGAAGCAAGAAAUCUGUAACCAGUAGAAGAUAAAAUACUAAUUAAUGAAAAUAACUAUGUAUUUUAUAGCAAAUGAACAUUAAUUUCUUUGCUAAAGUGUAUGAUUAAUGAGAAGUUUUGAAAGCGUGCAUGUAUCAUGGGUGGCGCUCCCCCUAUGCACCCAGCAGUGUGAAUAAAGUACUGCUGCUCUCUAA